CAGAGCUUCCCGUCGUCGCUCACUCGACGCGCUCCCGCAUUUUACCUGUUAGCCAAGCCAAGCGUCAGAGCAGAUGUUAUACAACUGUAACUGAACACAGUUAGUGAAUAUCUCAGUAUUUAACCCUGACGUUUACGGAAGGAAGUUAACUGAUCGAUAUCAACGAACAUAUUAUCAAACUUUAGGAACAGCAGAACAAGGAUAUCUGACAUUUGCCAGGAUGCACUUUUCCAGCUGUCUGUGUACCCUCCUCGUCGCGCUUGUCUACCAAGUGAGCGCUAUGGAUACUGUUAUCGGCCUGUAUGGAGAGACCGUUGAGGUGCCAUGCAACAAUGGAGCCCCCAAACCAAAGGACCUGUUCAUAACAAAAUGGAAAUACGACAAUGGAGACCUGCUGACCCAGCUGAAAGACCAGGAUGCCUCUGUCAUAGCAACCGACAAGUACAAAGACCGUGUCAGCAUGGCCGAAAACUCCAGCCUGCUGAUUGCUGCAGCAUCACUGAAGGACGAGAAGACUUUCACCUGCAUGGUGGUGGCUGGGGCUGACAUCUCAGAAUACCCUGUCAAACUCCUUAUCCACAAGGCUCCAACCGGAGUGGAGAUCACAGCCCUAGCCGCAGAGCUGGAGAUUGGCAAACCAACCCAGCUAGGGCAGUGCAGCGCCCCUGAUGCCAACCCAGCUGCCAACAUCACAUGGUUCAAGAACAAGAAACAUCUGGUGGCGGAUGGGAAAGGCAUUAUAAUCAGUUCCAAAGUGAAGGUGGACGAAGUCACUGGCCUCACCACCACUUCCUCCACUCUUCAGUACACAGCUGAGAAGGGAGACACAGAUGCUCUGUUCACCUGUGGGGCCCUGAACGCAUUGUCCUCCCCAGUCUCCUUCACUGUCACCUACCCCACAGAGAGGGUCAGUCUACAUGUCAUUUCUAAAGGGCCCCUUAUGGAAGGAGACAACGUGACUCUGAAGUGCAAGGCYGACGGGAACCCACUUCCCACCAGCUUCAACUUCCACAUUCAGAGAAAGGUGGUGAAGGUGGAGAACUCUGACUCCUACACUGUGACUGAUGUCACACGUGACAGCACAGGGGAAUACAAGUGUUCUAUCAUUGACAAUGCCAAGAUGGAAGACUCCAAGAACAUUACCAUCAAUUACCUGGAUAUGAGUUUGAGCCCCUCUGGGAAGGUCAUGAAGAGCACCGGCGAAAGCUUGGCUCUGAACCUGCAGACCGAUGCGUCUGGAGAACUCAGGGUGUCCUGGACUAAGGACAAUGGCAAACUAGACAAAAUCCCUAAGUUUGACAAGCUGACCUACUCUGAUUCUGGAAAGUAUGAGGUUGUGGUCACCAUGGGCGCUCUCAUCAAGAAAGCCUCUUUCGAGCUGGUCGUUGAAGGUAUUCCAGUCAUCCGGCGGUUGGCCAAGCAGCGUGGCGAGGACGGCCAGCACAAGGUACUGACCUGCGAGGCUGAGGGCUCCCCCAAACCCACUGUGGCCUGGAGCGUCAACGGCACCUCGGCUGAUGAAAGUCCCUACGUCAAUGGGAAGAUCUCACACAAGCUGACCAUUGUGCCUACAGUCAACCUGACCGUUGUCUGCACUGUGUCCAAUGAGCUUGGCCAGGACACCAGGGCUAUUAACGUGUCGACCUUAUUUGAGGAGGUGAGAAUGGAUAAACAAGGCUCAUCAGAUGACAGUGACACAACAAAGUUGGUGGUGGGAGUUAUUGUUGGUCUGCUCCUGGCCACUGUAGUUGUGGGUCUAGCAUACUGGCUGUACCUGAAGAAAUCCAAGCAAGGCAGCUGGAAGACUGGUGAGAAGGAGGAUGGAUCCACUGAGGAGAGCAAGAAACUGGAGGAGAAAAUAGAGGAGAAGCUGGAGGAAAACAGCCAGAAAGUUGAGGUGUAAAGAAAAGGAAUGUUUAAAGAAUGAGAGAAAAAAAAGUGCGGAAGCGGCAACUAGAAGCUUUUGCUCACUUCUGUUAAAAUUUGAAAAGGGGGCAUUGAACUGGAUGAAGACCAUUUGGAUUUGGACUUAUCCACAAAACUUUAUUUCCUCUGAAUAUUGAAAGAAAAAAACUGUCUAAAUGAAAGGAUAUGUGUUGUACAUAAGCCUAAAUUGUCUGCGCUAUGGAUAAAAUGUGUUAACUUUCCUUUGUAAUAGUUUUUGUUUCAAGUGUUGGUUAAGAAGGAUUUGGUCAAAUUGAGAAAAAUGCCAAUUGGAGUGUUUGGCUUGGAUUUAAUUAACGUUAUUGCUAUUAGAAUAACUACUGGACCAGAUGCCUUUUCUGUAAGGAUGUGUGCAUUGACCUAUACCUCCCUGACCCUCAAUGCAUUAUAGAGGAUCUGAAGGUCUUCACCGCUGUUCCAUCUCAGUUCCAUAUCAUCAACACAACCAAACACCCAUUAACACAACCGAACGCAGUCAAUACAUUUUGUCAAUUUUUUAUGGAACAUACACUGCCAUUUUGUGUAGUCUCCAUUGGAAAAAUAAACUGUUGAAUAUUUUAAUGAAAGGGCUAAGGGAAGGGUAUAGGCUACAUAACUAGCUUUAGUUGUAACGUAAUAUGAGUUAAGCAUUAUACCAAGAUGCAUCACUUUGCAUUGCAGGAAGUAGAAGAUCUGUUGUACAAAUUAUUUCAUGACAUGUUACAUGGUUCCUGUUUGUUUUUUGUACAUUUUUGCCAUCAAAAGUAUCAGGAGAUUGAGUGAUGCUGUUAGGCAUGCAGUACACUCUGACCGUCUGUUUGUGUAUCAGUGGGUUGUGUUUAGUUUGGACAUAACCACUACAUUACAGAAUAUGUCUUAUCUCAGUUGUAUUCAUAGUGUUAAAUUCUGUGCUUUUAUGUCAUUUUUUAUGUGUAAAGAGACAAGUUGUCCAGCAGUUGCAUACUUCACAACUUAGGUCAGGGUUAUGAGUAGCAUUUACUGAACCUGCAAAUAUAUCAGACCUAGAUGUAAAUGUGAUUUGUUUUGGUUAUUUUUAGCUAUUUAUAUUGUUCAAGAUUACAAGGUUAGCAUCUCUGUUAGUUAUAUUCAAUUAUUCUCACAAAUUUAACCACUUAGCUUUAAAGGUACUGAACAAUUGAUAGUAAUUUCUUGCAGUUAUUUGACAAUAAUAAUUAUAAUGUAAGCCUUCUGUGGAUUUUGAGCCUUCUGUAGAUUUCUAUGAGAUUUACCACAUAUCUCAUACUGUCAGCUUGCUGUUUGUGUCCUACGUUGUAGUUAAUGUGAAACCAACAAAUUGGAAAUAAGACCAAAGAGGGUAAAUAUUGCCAUGCAAGUAUUGUAAAUACUGGCUUUUGUUUUUGUACUUUUGUUUAAAAUAAAGUGUAGCCUACAUUUUGAAGACUCAUGUUAAAGAA